AUGGUAUUAAUUUCAAUAGGACAACUCAUUCCUUGGAGUAUUAAGAUAGCCAACGAUGGUUAUGCUAGUAAAGUUGGCGAUGAUUUAGAAAAAAAGUAUCGCACUUAUGGACUUUUGUUAACUGUUAUAUUGCAUAUGAUCGGUUGGGUAGGUCUAGGUGCGUUUCUUUUGGAUCC